AUGAGUCUCUACCUGAACGGAGUCAUCGAUUCCGACAAGUACCAAAAAUACAGAAUCACGUAUCCAAAAAGCCUCUACGAAGCCAUCAUGGCGCACCACGCCGGCGGGCGGCUUCUCGCGGUGGACGUAGGCUGCGGCACGGGCAUCGGCACCUUCCCACUGCUCGAGUAUUUCGACACGGUGGUUGGCUGCGACCCCUCGGCGAAGAUGCUCGCGACGGCCGCGCAGGUGCGCGAGAAGCUGCCCGGCGUCUCGCGGCGCCGUGUCAGCUUCCAGCAGGCGGCCGGCGAAGACAUCUCGCGCCUCUUUGAGGAGCGCUCGGUCGACAUGAUCACCGGCGGCGAGUCCAUACAGUAUGUAAAGCACGACGAGUUUUUCCGGGCAGCAGCACGGCUGCUUAGGCCCGGAGCGACACUAGCGUUCUGGUUUUAUGCGGACCCCGUCUUCGUAGACUACCCCGAGGCCAACGCCAUCUUCAAGCACUGCGCGUACGAGGACCAGCGCUCCUUCGCGCCGUUGUGGCCCCCGGAGAUGGAGCUGGUCAGGAGGCUGGGCGAGUCCAUCCAGGUCCCAAGCCACGAGUUCGAGAUGGUCCAUAGCGAGGUAAACGUCCCUCUCAAGACAAAGGGCACGCGCAGCUUCCGCGUCACCAGAGAGGGCUGCACCCUGAAGGACCUGCGCGAUCUCAUCAGCACCUGGAGCGUCUACGACGCAUGGAAGAAGAACAACAAAGACUGCGCGGAAGACGUCAUAGACGCGUUGAUCGAGAAGCUGAAGCGCGGGUGCGGCUGGGACGAUAACAUCAAGUUGAGGCUAGAAUGGGAGACGUCUUUCUACGUAGCGCGCAGAAGACAAACCUGA